GAAGGAGAGUCUGUUCCUCCCGGAGUAUAAAACAAUCUUCUAUUAGGUAGUUUACUUUCCUUUUCCUCGUACUAUUUCUGUAUUUCCUACUCAUCUUUCUCAAACCCUAAAUCGCAAAGAAAAACACGAAAGCGUUGAACAUCAGUCGGCGGCGUCUUCCCUUCCCCUAUUCAAACCCUAAACCUAACCCUAUUUUCUUCGAUUUUAACCGCUCUGCUGCUAUUCUGCAAGAGAUGAGAGGAAGGAGUUACAGCCCGUCACCACCGCCGGCAAGGGGUUACAGCCGAAGAGGAAGGAGUCCGAGCCCAAGAGGUCGCUACUCUGGCCGCUCUAGAGAUCUCCCUACCAGCCUUCUUGUUCGUAACCUUCGCCAUGAUUGUAGGCCUGAGGACCUUCGCAGACCUUUUGGUCAGUUUGGUGCCCUUAAGGACAUUUACUUGCCCAAGGAUUAUUACACUGGAGAACCCCGUGGUUUUGGUUUUGUCCAGUAUGUGGAUCCUGCUGAUGCGGCAGAUGCCAAAUAUCAUAUGGAUGGUCAAGUUCUACUUGGUCGGGAGUUGACUGUUGUCUUUGCCGAGGAGAAUAGAAAGAAGCCAAGUGAGAUGAGAACAAGGGAGAGAAGGGGCCGAUAUGAUCGAAGAAGGUCUCCUCCUCGUUAUUCUCGAUCACCCCGCUACUCUCGAUCCCCACCACCACGUCAUAGAUCUCGUUCCCAUAGUCGUGACUAUUAUUCCCCUCCUCCUAAAAGAAGGGAAUAUUCAAGAUCUCCCUCGCCUGAAGGUAGAAGGUACAGUCGAGAAAGAUCAUAUUCACAUCAUAGUAGAGAGAGGUCAUCCUCGCGUUCUCCACCCUAUAACGGUGGCUCAAGGAGCCGUAGUCAGAGUCCGGCAAAGGGACCAACCCAUAGCAGAAGUCCAACCCCAGACCGUGAUGUUAGGGAACUGGCAGCGCGCAGGUCCCCAGCCAGUGAGAACGUCAAGUAACUCGUGUUGGACUUAUGUUGGAUUUUGGAUUUUGUUUGAUAAUGUGUUAAGUAGAUUAUUUGUUUCUCUUCAACUACUACUAGUUUGUUGUUUAUGGAAUAAAACAUUUUAAGAUUAGUUUACUUUUUCAAGUUGGAUAUUGAUUGGGAUCUUGUUACUUAUUUUCCAUCUAGUAGAAGUUGGAUACUGACUUGGGUA